AUGGAUGUAGUAAUAUUUUUCAAAGAUCUUAAUCAUUGUCCUGCCAUCUGCACCCCCAUAAACAGCACAGAAAAUAAACACCCAGAAACCACUAUCGAUGAAUACGUACAAAUACAGCUGCAAGAAGUCAUCCAAAAAAUGCGAGAAAGAACAAUUAUUUAUAAAGAAAAGUUGUCUAAUCCAGUAAUCUCCUCACCUGAACUCAGUCCAACUACAACACCCCAAAAGAAGCUCCUAGCCCCUAUUCCCAAAGAAGAAAAAAAAGAGGAAAAAAAAGAAGAAAUCAAACCUGAAGAGAAGCUGUGUUGGCCAUUCAAGAAACUAUCCAUGAAAGAAUACAUGAAAAAAAUGAAACUGCCAGAAAGCAUAGAUGCAUACACAGAUCGUCGCUAUGUAAUAUGGUUAUUCUUAGUUACUGUUGCUUAUAACUGGAACUGCUGGUUCAUCCCACUGCGAUUAGUAUUCCCAGUUCAAACGUCAAGCAACUUAAUAUACUGGAUUGCUGUAGACAUCUUAAGUGACAUCUGCUACAUCUGUGAUCUCAUGUUCUUUCAGCCUCGAGUACAAUUCGUGAGAGGAGGAGAUAUAAUAGUAAGUAAAAAAGAAAUAAAGAAGUUCUACCAGAGUUCAUUAAAAUUUCGGCUUGAUUUAUUAUCAGUAAUUCCAUUUGACGUUUUCUACAUUGUAUUUGGAUUCAAUGCAGUAUUUAGAGUAAACAGGAUGAUAAAGCAUCUCACAUUCUUUGAAUUCAAUGAUCGGUUAGAGGCAAUAAUGGAUAAAGCAUACAUCUACAGGGUCAUCCGGACUAUUGGAUAUCUGUUGUUUGUCUUACAUAUUAAUGCAUGCUUAUAUUACUGGGCUUCAACCUAUGAAGGACUUGGUAGUACCAAAUGGGUGUAUGAUGGCAAAGGAAACAUGUAUCUAAGAAGUUACUAUUGGGCUGUUCGCACUUUAAUUACUAUCGGUGGACUACCAGAACCAGUCAAUAUGUUUGAAAUAAUCUUUCAGCUUCUGAAUUUUUUCUCAGGGGUCUUUGUAUUCUCCAGUCUGAUUGGCCAGAUGCGUGAUGUUAUUGGAGCAGCAUCAGCAGGGCAAAACUAUUAUCGUGCCUGUAUGGACAACACAGUUUCUUACAUGAAUACUUACACAAUUCCAAGGAUUGUUCAGAAGCGUGUUCGAACUUGGUAUGAGUAUACGUGGGAUUCACAAGGAAUGCUAGAUGAAUCAGAAUUACUGGAGCAGAUGCCUGGAAAAAUGCACUUAGACAUUGCAACUGAUGUCAACUUUGCUAUUGUCAGCAAACUUGACUUGUUCAAAGGAUGUGAAUCCCAAAUGAUAUAUGACCUGCUUCUGAGAUUGAAAUCCACUGUGUAUCUACCUGGUGACUUUGUGUGCAAAAAGGGAGAAAUUGGUAGAGAAAUGUAUAUCAUUAAAGGUGGUGAGGUUCAAGUACUUGGAGGUCCUGAUGGCACUGAAGUCCUGGUGACCUUGAGAGCAGGAGCCGUAUUUGGAGAAAUCAGCCUAUUAGCAGCCAGUGGAGGAAAUCGGCGGACUGCAAAUGUGAUCGCUCAUGGAUUUGCCAACCUUUUUAUUCUUGACAAGAAGACACUGAAUGAAAUCCUGGUGCAUUAUCCUGAAUCUGAAAAGCUCUUGAGAAAGAAGGGAAAAAUACUCAUGAAGAAGACAGGCAAGCCUGUUGGAGGGCCACCACAACCUGUAAAAGGCCUGGCUCUCCUUAUGCAUAAAGAAGCACCUAUGAUGCUCAAAGCAUUAACUGAUGAGAAAGGAGGUAUUUUAGCAGCAAUUAGCAAGUUGAAGAAAGAGAAGGCAGCCCAGAAAGAAAAUGAAAUACAAGCCAAGGAAGAACAAGCAAGGAAAGAGAAUGAAGAAAGAGGAAAAAAACCAGCCCAAGAGCUCAAGACGAAAGUCCCAGAAACACAGGCUGAGUCACAUGCUCCUAAAGAAGAGGCAGUUGCUUACAUCAGACCACAACCUUCUCCUCUGCCACGACCACCAUUAGCACAGAUGCUCGGAGGCAUCACGAACCAAGCCCUCGUCAUUAGCAUGGUUCCUUCAGUUGUAUCUGGAGAAGGAGAUAUCCUCACUGUUGAAGUUAAAGAGAAAAAACUAGCAUAA